AUGGCGACACCGAUUUCAUUGAGAAUUUUGAUCAAUGAAGAGAAAAACAAGGUAUUGUUUGCUCAAGCAGGGAAAGACUUUACUGAUGUCUUGCUAAGUUUCUUAACUUUUCCACUGGCCACGAUCGCCAGGCUUGUUAGCACUGAAUCUAACAUGCAGAAAGUUAGCUUUGGAAGCAUAAGCAAAUUAUAUCAAAGCGUGGCCAAUCUAGAAGAGCACCAAUUUUGGACACCUGCGUGUAAACAAAUGCUACUUCAACCAAAGAACUCGAUGGAACACUAUUACCAAAAUUUAAAGAUUAACAUCGACGUCGCACAGAAACCAUGCUAUUAUGUGUGUGAGAAUUGGUACUGUAGUCGGGAACUUAGUGGUGGCUUGUUGACAACAUUCUCAAAUUUAAAAUGCCGUUGUGGGAAGUUUAUGUCCCAGAAGAUAUGUCUGUCUGAUACUGAAAAGGUUCAGAAUUUUGAUGGAUUCUUUGCCGAUGCAGUAACUUUUUGUAUUUCAGAUGAUUUAAGUUUGAAACCAGAUAGUUUUCAAAACUUUAUUUGUCAACCAAUGAAUCUUCUUGGGUUUGAAGAUUUCAAUGCUAUCAAGUUUAUCACUGUUGAUGUCACUCACAAGGAGAUUCUGGAUUUGCUGAAGCUCUCCUUAACCUCAGAGUCUCCGUUGACAGACAUGUUUCUGCUGAAGAAACAGUCUAUCGAGAAUACACAACUUAACAGCGUUCUGGAUUUUGCUAUUGGUAUUGUAGAAGAAAAUGACGGGAAGAAAAUUGAAGUUAAGGUAGUGAUGAGAAAAUCAAAUAGCAAAAUUUUGUUUGCUUUAGGUGAUGCUGAUUUUGCUGACUUUAUUUUAAGUUUCCUAACAUUUCCCAUUGGAGGAGUAGAACACAUGUUAAAAGGAAACUCUUGCGGGUCUAGCAUAGACAAUUUAUACAAGAGCAUUCUUGAAUUGGACAGUGACACAUAUUUGAAGACCUCUGAUUUAAAAGAGAAGCUGGUUAAAUCCAAACUUGCACACCAGUUUAAACUCCGUAAUCAGUUGUUACCUUUUGAUGAAAUGCCUCAUGUUGAUUACUUUUGUGUCACUAGACAUAAUAGGAAAAAAACCGGAUUUCAUGCAUAUCUAACUGCUUUCGAAGAACUUUCUAUUUGUACAAAAGAGUUAUCUGUUCCUUUGAGGUAUUUGGAGCCACAGAUAUCAAUUGGUGAAGUGUUUGCUAGAAGUGGCGGUAAAGGAUUCAUGAAGAGUCCAUCAUUGUACAUGGUAACUGAUGACUUGGUUGUCACGCCAAGUUCUUCUGUUUCUGUUAUUUCAUUUUUGAGUAAUUUAGGGAUUCCUUCUUCUGAUUUGGAGGAAAGAAUGAUCACCAUUGGAAAAUUUGAGGGUCUUAGUAUUUUGAAAGCCUCUUUGAUCUCGUCUUCCGCUCUAUCUAAUGGUCUUGGUCCAUUUCUUAAAGUCAAGGACUAG